AUGUCCAGCAGGAUAAUGAAAUGCUCAAAAAUCAGUGGUGGGGCUUUGUCCUUUAAGCAUCCUGGACUUUCUGUCUCCAGCUCUGGAUCUAGAAUUGUCAUGCAGCAGGAGCAAGAAGCCAGCUACUGCCCUGCAAGGCCACCACCCAAGCCUAAGGAGAAAUCAAGGACAACUGAACACAAGAUGCUGCUGGUUGGAGGAACAAGGAGGAUUAUGAGCAGGCUUCCACAGGACAUGAUGAAGCGGUUCAUGGCCAUGUUAAAUAGGAAUAAAAACAAGGAUCCCCCACCCACCAAGCUGCUGGAUCUGGCAGGACAGCUUUGCCAAGACCUCCAGAACUCGUCUCCUAGUCUAGAGAAGCUGGUUGGGGCCAUGAUGGAAUGCAAACACAAGAUGUAUUUUCUCACUAACAUCCACAUCGUCCGAGCUUGUGUGUUCGUUCAUAUCCAUAAUGGGCAAUAUGACACAGCCUGCAGACUCCUGGAGUAUUGCAAGGCAGAAGAGAAGGCAGAGCUGGUGCAACUUUGGCAUGAGAUUCACUACCGGAGGGUUAUGGAGAAACAGCACAUGGAUUUUCUGACCCCACUGCAGAAAUUCCGUUGCAGGAAGAGGAAUCCUCCACCUAUUUCCCUUUGUCCUGAAGGUCUGAAAAACAGGAACUAUUCAGAUGCAGUACGGCAGCAGCUGCACAGGUUUGCUGCAGAGGUGACAACAAAUCCAAACAAGAAACAGCGGGAGGGAUUGGCUAAGGAUAUGAACCUGCAGCCAACUCAGAUCUAUAAUUGGUUUGCAAAUUAUCGGCGACGUCAAAAAUCCUGCCUCCCUCAUAUGGAAAAUCUUGACAACUCAUGUCCUGAGAGGGCUUUGACUUGCCACACAGAGGAGCAGCAGGAUAAGGGAUCCUACGCUCCCCAAACUGCAGAUGGAUUUUGUGUAGGCAUCAACUCUGAGCCAGUGGAGGUAACCUUCAUGUCCUGUGACCCAAGGUGGGAGCAGUCAGCUGCAGAUCUGGAUAAGCCUCCUGAAGGAACUUAUUUAAAGAUGCUGGAAUCCAGCUUUACACAGAGCAGUGAGCUGUAUGAAGCGAGGACAAGCAAGGCUUUGUUCACCCCUCUCAACACUGAACAACCUGUAGCUUUUUGCACUGAGGCUGUGCUGGAACCAAGAACCUGCUUUAACUCUGCUGUCCUGCAGCCCAGAGAAGCAGCCAGCAGUUCUGAUGCCAGCCCCCAGCUGGGUAACUUUGUCCUGUGCUCUUGUGGGUCCUUUACCUUCCCAGAUGAACAGUUGCCCAUGUGGCAGGCCCCUUCCAGCACCAGAGGAGUCUCUGGCUCUGUGUGGACCCCAAGUAUAGAAGUUCCUGUCAGACAGUAUUUGGCAAGCCUCAGUGCCUACCUGUUUCUUCACCCUGCAUGGAAGAAAGCCAGGCCUUGGGACAAAGCCAGGUCCUGGAGGAUCCAGUUGGUGACCCACUGACCAAUGACACGUUCUGGGCAGCAUGGCUGCUCUUUGAAUUCUCAGCGGGGGGACGAAUGUGACCUGACUGCAGGGAUGCUCCAUGUGGUUUGCCCUUCCUCAGGAAACACCCCAUCUUUUUAUGUUUUUUUAAAUGAAUGGGGGGGUUGACAUGGCUAUGAAUAGAGUGAGGUAGAAGGAUGAAGGCUUUUUCUAAUGGUUACAAAGUUUGUUCUUGUUACAGUUUUACUACAAAAUUUGCAAAGGAUAGAAAGAAACCGAAGGUGCAUUGUGGACUGUAGGUUUUCACUAGAGCAGUUGGAAGCUGCAGUGUGGAUGCUAAAGAUAUCAAGUCAUUGGUUCUGUGGCAGUUACAUAUUUCUACCCAUAGCACUGGUCAGAUGUGAGCCCAUUACAUCAUAAAGGUAAUGAAGUUUCUGUACUCAAAGAGUAAAAUUUAGUUACAUUGCCCAGAAGUAGAUACCAGAUAACUUUUUCUCAGGCCUGGUAAAUCAGGUCUCAGCUAAGUGCUGGUAAAAUUCUGCUAUUUCUCAUCCCUGCAUUUCUGUUGUACUGCUGGUUAUAACUUCCAGAGCAUUCCAUACUCUGUAGUACUACAGAUGACACAAACUGGAGCAUGGCAGAAUUUUCAGUGCUACAAAGUACUUGCAAGCCUGGGGACGGGCUUACCAGUGUUGUCAGUUCUUUAAUAUUACCUCUAUCUCUUGCUCAAGGAAGAAGGGUGAAUGGAGGAGGUGGGAGCUGCUGAACCUCUUGAUCCAUCUUCAGUCCCCAGAUAUGGAUGGACUGAAACUGCCAAGGCAGUUGUCACCCAUCAGGUGGCCUGCAGCAGGCUGACACCAGACAGUGGCAGGCAAGCACAUCCUGUUCAGACGAGGGCCCUUCAAAGCAGUGUGAGUUGUGCAGACCCCAUUUCCUACACACCAGAGCAACUGUGGGAGGCUAACACUGCACUUGGCUGAAAGCUCCUUGUGUUGCAGGGGUCUUUCACUGCAGCUCUCCUGGGGAGGGGGGCACACCUGUUUCUUUUGCCCAGUACUUUUCAUUACUUACCCAGCCUCAAGGCUGCCUGUUAACACUUCUUUAUCUCUUGCUGCUCACUGAUCAGGAGCCCUGUUUCUUUUUCUUGGAGACUGAAAUGUGGAAUUGUGUAUUAGAGUGUUCUAGCAUGAGCAGCAAAGCAGCCCCUUGAUGCAGGUUUGAAAAUAAUGCUGCAAGUCAUUGGGCUGUCUUUUGGGUAUUUUCCUUAAGUAUUGCUGCUGGGUUUUAAAUCUGUAUUGCAAAAGGGGUAAUCCUUGCCCAGUGCCAGCCCUGAGAUACAUGAAGUGUACAUGCUUCCAAUACCUUUUGUAAUGAAGUUAGCAAAUAAAGGUUAUUGAUUACUCUUUC